UAUAGACCUACUAGAUGACGGGUUCCUGCAAAUGUAGGCUUACGCCAGAGUUAUUUAGCUCAUUACAGAUUAGUAAUGCACAACACAAGUGCACCAGUCACUGACAGAGUAAGCAAAUCCAUUUGAUAAAGCUGCAGCACUUGUCAAGUUUGGACGGCCCUUAAAUGUGCCUGCCAACCUUAAAUAGGCCUAUCCAUAUUCUUAGAGUCAAUGUGGACUCUUCGACGUCUAUUGUUUUCAUCAAGACAAGCAUGUGUGUUGAAAACAAUGUAGCCUUGUUAUAGCCUUUAUUGCAGUUUGCUCACAGUUUAAGUUCACGCGCAGCAUCCAAGGUAGUCACCGUCGCCAUGGUUACCCGCAGUCGUUGCAGUUGCGCGCAGUUCAAUUAGAAUUGUAGAACAUGUCCGUAAAAUGGUUGUCUUGUUUUCUUGUUAACAUUUUGACAUUGAAAUGCGCUGUGCUUGUAAGUCUGAGUGUAGGCUAAGGACACAGACACAUCAGUCAGAUUGUAAACAUACAAAACCGAGCUAGCUGCUUUUUACUGGGCCACAGAGUCAGAUAGGCUGCAGGGAAAUGCUUCAUACCAUAAAUUAGAAAAUGCUGCUCCUCUUGACUACGAACAGCUUCGCAUGCGUCUUAAUAAAUGCAUAGGCUACAAGCAAAAAUAACAUUUUAACAACUCAUUUAUCUUCUCCCAAAAGGCGAAAUAAUUUCUAGUUUUAUUGACCAGAAAAUACAAGUUUUUAGAUGAGAAGAUGAGGCUUAAAUGGGCUUGUUGUCUUUGUUUGUGCUCUUUUUAAUCAGAGACUGAGGCUUCUGGGCUCCAGAAUGAAUUUCCAGCGUCUGUGAUACCAGGAAAAAGCAUCAGAGUGAGGGCUCUGUGUUUAAGCGCCGUGUAACCGGAUAGGGAGAGCAGAGGGACGUACAGGAGGCUUGUUUGCCUCCAAAUGAGCCAAUAAGAUCGACUUUACAUUAGAUUGACUGUCUCAGUCAGCCAGCCAAGAGACGCCAUUCUGCUUUGACAACUGUACGCAAGCCAAUACGAAUCCGUGCCGGACAGGAACGGAGGGAAAAACACAAAUACGAAUUUGUCGUCCUGUAGGUCAAACGUUACCUGCCACCACCUGCAGUAGGCCACGGGUAGUUUAUUGGGAGUGGGAAAGUGGGGAACAACAUCCAGAAUUAUGGCUCUUUCGCAACUUCUUGACGAUUCACCUCUGAGGUUAGUUCAAAAACCCACCGGAACCGGUGACCUGGACCUGCAGGAGGUCUACAACGAGAGACACCGGCUCGCUUUGGAGGAGUUACUCUCGGGAGGUGUGGAAAACUUCCUGGACUUUCUCGGGAAAGAGAGGAUCCCGAACUUCUUGUCGGACGAAGAGAUCAAGCGGAUCCGGAGCGUCGCCGUGCCCCCGCGGUGUGUGUCCUUCCAUGGGGAGGACCAGGCUCUGGAGCAGUCUCUCAGCAGCUCCGUGGACUGCUCCUCCGUCACCUAUUUCCCCGAGGUGUCAGACGUGGAGCCGCCGGUGCUGGAGUUGGGCUGGCCCGCGUUCACCGCCGGCUCGUACCGGGGCGUAACGAGGGCCGUGGCGCACUUCCAGCCCAGCUACGGGGAGUGCAUAUACAGCUGCAAGGAGGCUGCCAGGCGUAUGAUUAAAAGUGCCAAAGAGGUGAUUGCCAUAGUUACAGACUCCCUGACAGACCUGGAUAUAUUCAAGGAUCUCCAGGAUGCAUGCUCCCACCGUAAAGUCCCCGUCUACAUCCUGCUGGACCAAUCAUGUGCUCCUGCUUUCCUCAAGAUGUGCAAAAAUGUCGGUGUUCGCCUCGAUGACCUACGGCAAAUGAGAGUGCGAACCAUAACUGGUAAUAAUUAUUACAUGCGAUCAGGAGCAAGGAUCACAGGAGAAGUUCACGAGAGGUUCAUGCUGAUUGACGGAAACAGAGUUGCUACAGGUUCCUACAAGUUCAACUGGACGGAUGGUAAACUAAACAGCAGCAACCUCAUAGAGCUUUCUGGUCAGAUAACAGAGAAAUUUGACGAGGAGUUCCGCAUCCUCUAUGCCCAAUCUCUACCUGUAAACACUCGAGGACCUCCAAGUGUGCGCAACAGCGGCAUCUACGACCAUCUCCUCAUCAGACACUCAGUCACCUCUCCCCUUCGUCUGGCUGGUGAGAGGCCAGUGGAACCAGCGUGUCUGACUAGCACCCCCAGCCGCAAGCCCCGUACUCUAGCUGUUCGGCCCCUAUGUGAACCCUCCGCUCCGAAUCAGCACAUGAGCAACACAGCACCAGAAAUCACCCCUAUUGAUGAUGACUGGGUGGAGCAGAAGCACAUGCAGGAGGACAUCCUAGCUGGUAGCACUGCUCUGCAUCUCCCUGCUGAUCAGCCAGCAGAGAAAGACAUUGUCUCCUGCCACGCCUCUACUCAAACCAGUAACUCAAUGGCGGACGGUGACACCCAGACUGACCUCGAGCCCGAGCAUCAACCCAAUACUGUCAUCACACUGCCACGCACAGCACCAAACCAAGCCAUUGCUCCCUCCUUUGAGUCUCCCAGGCUCAUGUCGGCCUCUGCCGCAGCUGCAGAUGACAACUUAAGGGACUGCUUCCAUAAGCUGUCCAAAGAGCGCCAGCACCACUACUCCGCCAUCCGCUCCAAGCUGGAGCACAUGGUGACCAGCCUGUCCCAGAGGAGAGAGUUAGAGGACCUCACCAACAUGACUCAGGGGGCUGGCGCUCUCAGCAGGCAGAGGGUACAGAUAGACUGUGGGCAGGAACCAAACCCUAGACUGCUUGUUGAAAGUGCAGGCAUGGGCACAUGGCCAAGAGCCAGAUGUGCACACUAGUUUGUCUUUAGGGAUUUUGGCGAUGGAGGAGAGUGGGGGAAGAGCUAUGGCAAGGAUUCUAGUGAAUCCUCUGUUUUAAAUAAGUGGUUUUGGCUCAUGCAGUAGAAUUCAAAAGUUCCUCUGUUUGUCGUCUUUUCCUGCAGUGCCCGCUUUUGGACUUUUCAUGCUGUGUCCUCUCCUCAAACCUUUUUUUUUUUUUUCCAAACCUUUUUUUUAUGUGAUGGUAACAGAAUUCUUCAGGAUAUUAACAUCUUUUGAAAUUAUUGUAUUAACCAAAGAAAUGCUGCAUUCAAAAUGUUCAUCCAUUUUUUGUAUGAAUCACAAUCAGGAAAACUUUAUCAGUCCAGAGGGUAAAUCUGGCAAAUGAUUUGUUGAGCUGGUUAGGACUGGAUACAAUCUGCUGUAGUGUGAGUGAAAAUGCACUAAGGUGCUGUGCUUUCUUUUUUUCUUUUCUAAAUCACAUUUGGCUGUUGCAACUGCAUCUGAUCAACAUUCCAGAGGGGAAGCUGGCUUUCAUUGCGCUUUGCUAAUAAACAAAGUAACAUUUUGCAA